GUGCGUAACAAACCUUUAAAUCUGGGGAAUUCUGUUGAAAAUCUGGCAACUUUUAAAACACAAUUUGGGGAAAUAAAUUUUUUGGGCCUGGCAACGCUGAUUCCUUAAGACAGACAGAGACAGUGUUGUUUAAGAAUUUGAGAGUGAAAUGUGUUUAUAGUAGUUAGGUGUUAUUUUUAAACAAGAAAUUGACGAAAUACUGGAAUAUCAUUAUCAUACUAUCUUCUAAAUUUUUAUUUCUACUAUGAUUUGGAUGUCAUCAAUAUAACCAGUAAAUUUAGUGAAACAUUGACUUGAUCCAAAUGAUCAAGGUCUAUAACUGCCGACUCGAUGGAUCCUGAUAAUGCGGAUGGGUCCAACUUACGGAAGAAGAGUGUUCCGUCGAAGGACAAGCAGACUCGAAAGAUGCAAACACAAAAAGCGGUGGGAGAAUAUCCUAAAGGCCCAGUCGCAAAUCUAGGUACUGACUAUGAAUGGAAACUCCACUGCCUAUUUGCAGUAGCUGCAUUCAAACAUUUUGACAACUGGAGCUUGGCAAACGAAUACAUAGAGGCUGGCAAAUUUGACGAUUUGGUAUUUAAAAUUAAUGAUCAGUGCUUAUUACUACAGGCAAAAUUUAAGGAAAACAAACAAGUCUCUGAUCAGCACUUCUGGUCAACUAAUCCAAAAUCUGAUAAUUUUAGUAUUUACAAAUAUAUUCUAUCAUAUAAUGAUAUAAAAUGGAAGUUUAAAGGUCUUAAGACGAAUGCUAUAGUAUUAUGCACCAAUGCCAAUUUACCAGAUAGUACAUUUAACCCUAAAAGAAUAUCUGAAAAUAAUAUAGUAAACAAAAUAUUUGGAAAUCAAGUAGAAAUGGGUAGUAUUAGAGAAGAACAUCGCAAAAAAUUUGACGAAGUUAAAACUUAUCAAGAAAAUAUAAGCGAUGUCGAUAAAGACAAAGUUACGUGGAAGACCAUUUCUCUAAAUCAUAAUGAUAUUGAAGAGUUUAUGUCCAAAUUUAUAGUCAUCAAAGUUAGUAUAGAACAAAUUGAUAAACAAAUUUCUUACCUCAUUAUGAGCAUGGAGAAAAAAAACCCUUCGUUAAAAAAUUUGUAUAUAAUAAAUCAUGUUCACUACUGGCGAAAUUUGGGCUCUAAACAUUCCGUUUAUAUGACGAAAAAUUAUAUGAGAUUUAUUUGGUAUAGAGAGGAAAAUGAUAGAUGUAUUCAACAGUUUUUAAACUACGAAAUCUCUUUUUUAAAUCCCUAUCAGUUUUUACUUGCCAUUAAUUUAAUCAAAGUUGAACACAAUUUGGAUUUAUACUUAACUAAAAUAGUUAACAGUAUAAACCUGAUUUAUAAGAAACAAGACAAACCCGAUGAAAUGUUCUUCAAAGAAGUACUAUUUCUAGCUAUACAGAGUGAUUACAAAACGAUUGAAAAUACUGUGGAAUGUUUUAAAAUAAAAAACGUUAAAUAUUUAGUUGUUUCUUUUCUGGAAAUGGACGAGAAUCAAAGUAAAGAAAUAUAUAUCAAAAUAUCGAGAAUAUUAGACACUAAUAAACAAAAGAAGGUUAUCAUUGUUGCAGAAAAUUUCGGAUUUCAAGAUACUAAUGUUGAAAACGAUCAAAUCCGCUUGAAUCUAUUCGAUGAAAAUACAAAAGAAAUAGUAUAUAACACGAUUAUUGAAUUUCAAGGUGAAGCUGUAACAUUAAAACAUCUGUUAAAUAAUUUUAAGGUGGCAAAUUUAAUGGAUGGUUGUAAGUCGAUAGAUAUCAUGGAUAAGUCUUAUAUUUCUUCCUUGUUUAAAUCUGCAGGAGAAUCAUGUGAUUUAAACAGAGAAUCGUACAAAGAACUAGUAGAAUCUAUUAAAAAUAAGUUAUCCAAUGAUGCCCCAGACUUGAGAAAUCCGACAGUUUUAGAAUUCCAAGGCCAGCAGAUUGUAUUAGAUGAUUUAGUAACAAUUUGCAAGAUAGAAUAUCUAACUGACGAAUUAUUUGUAUUGCAAUUAAUUAAAAAGGAAUCUUUAUCUUUAGGAAAAUAUUCAAUACCUUCAACAACAUCAGAAAAAUACUAUGUGCCUCGACUUCUGAGUAUUGAUUUCCAGAAUUUGUUUUCUGAAGAAUUCUUACUCAAUGAACUAAAUACGAUUAAUAAAAAAGUAGCUGUACUUACAGGCCCUCUAGGAGCUGGCAAAACAACUCUUUUAGAAAAUAUAAUAUUAUCGAGAAAGUUGAAUGAUCAGAAAUGUUCCCGACUGACAUGGAUAAUAAAUAUAGAAUUAUCAAAAGCAGCAGAGUAUCUACAAAAUAAAAGUUUGAAUCCCAGUCUUUUAGGAUUGUUAAGCUACAGUGAAGAUACUAGAGGUCAUUUCGAAAUACAGGCUUUAAAAUCUAUUGAGAAGAUUAUCGUAAUCGAUGGAAUAGACGAAAAUAAUUCAGAGUACAUUCAUGAAGUGCAAGAUUUGAUUAAAAAUUGCCCAAUUUCAGAGAAUCUGAACAUUUUAUUAGUAAUAAUGGCCUGCAGGAACUACGACUUUAUCUUAAAAAAAAUUCGAAAUAAGCCUGACGUGGAAACAAUUGUGGUAGAGCCGUUUAAUGAACAAGAUCAAGAGAUGUUCUUUGAAAAAUACGUUACAUUUAAAAAUGCAACUAGCGUACAGAAAACAAAAAAAGUGUUUUUCGAUUUAAAAGCACAAGCACCGGGAAUUAAAAAAUUUUGUUCAACUCCAUUUGCGUUAAGAUUAUUAAUCGAUAUAUUACUAAACAACGAAGAUCAUCUAGAACAUAUAUCAAAAAUAUUUUCUAAAUCGUUAAGUGUGUAUGAGUUUUAUAAGCUUUUUUUAGAAGAGAAGAAAAAAAGUUUUGUUCAACAACAAAAAUGGGACCGUUGUGUUAUAAACAGUAUUGUGACAGAUGCUUUUGAUACUUACUUAACGAAAACAAGGAAGUUUGCUGCUAGUAAGAGCCUUCCACGCGAAUUACAAGAACUUUUCAAUACUGAUAUAUCUCCCUCUAUAAAUCCGUCGAUGCUUUCUAUUGGAAUAUUCGAAGAAAAAAACGGAGAAUUUAAAUUUAUUCACAAAAGUUUCGAAGAAUACUUCGCCGCCGAAUACAUUUGGAAUUGUCUCAGUCAUAAACGUAUUAGCGACUCUAUACUUUUAGCUCUUCUUAACAAACUUUUCCUUAAUACACAGUAUGCUGGUGUAUCUGGAUUCUUUGAAGAAAUUCUCAUCACCAAAAUAUCAGAUAGAGGUUACAAUAAGAUUAGUAAAGAGUUUGGUCGAGUACUUAGUGAACAAAGAUGGGUAGAAAGUAUAUCACUUUUAGUAUUUCAAGGCUAUUUUAAUAUUGUCAAAUUUGUAUUUCACGAAUACGAUGGUUUUUCCAAGGUUAUUAAUCAUAGGGGUACUUCUGGUGAAACAGCAUUGCACCUAUCUGCUCACUAUCCACAUCUUGUGAAGUACUUAGUUGAAAAUGGUGCUGAAAUAAACUGCGUUGAUGAAAAUGGAAUGACCAUAUUUCAUUACAUUAUAAUGAUGUGCUGGGACUCAGACAAAUACAAAAUAUAUUUUAAUAUGAUCUUUGAGAAAAUGAAAUAUCGCGACAAUUUUAAAACAAUAACGUUUUUUGAUGAGUACUUAAAACUUAUAUGCAGGGAUCAACAAAGAGGAAUUCGGUGUAAGGUAGAAUAUGAUGUUAUUCUAGAUUUGAUUGAUUAUUUAACAGAUUGUGGAUUGGAUUUAAGCGUUAAAGAUAAAGAUGAAGAUACAUCUGUUCAUUGGGCUACACAAGCAGGUUUUCCUACUUUACUUAAAACACUCAUAGAAAAAUAUAAACUGGAAUAUACGGCUGUUGAUAAAUAUGGAUAUACACCGCUUCAUUAUGCUUGCCAGUUUGACUCUCUUGGUAUACUUGAAUAUUUCGAACAAAGCGAGUUACUUUGUGUGAAUAAUUCUUCACUUGUUUCUUCUUAUAAACCACCAACAACAGUAAAAAUAUUAAAUGAUUUGGAUCAACAGACUGAAAGUUUAUUACUGAAAAAUAAAUAUUUGAAUUUAAGUGCUGUAGACAACGACGGAGCAAGUGUCAUACACAGAGCUGCUUCAGGAAAUGCUGUCGAUAUAUUAAUUUAUCUAAUUAAUAAAUAUAAACUAAAUCCGAAACUAGUUGACAAAUACGGAAAUACACCUCUUCAUGAAGCAGGAUCCUAUAAUUCAUUGGAAGCGUUUACAUUUUUAUUAGAGACUGCGCAAUUGGACGUUAACGACUGCAACAACAAUGGUAAUUCUGUUCUAUACAGCGCAGCAGGUGGAAAUGCUGUAAAAAUAAUCAAGUAUCUUUAUUCAAAAGAUGAAUACAAACAUCUCUUUGAACAACAAAAUAACGACGGUGAUACAAUCAUCCAUAGUGCAGCGAGGGGAGAUGCUACAGAUGCUUUAACAUAUUUAAUUUUCACUUGUAAAUUAGCUUGUGAUGUUACUGACAAAUACGGAAAUACACCUUUGCAUUCAGCAUCUUCAAACGAUGCAUUAGAAGCUUUUAAGUACUUGUUAGUACAGGCCAAACUUGACGUUAAUCAAUGCAACGAACGUGAUGAGUCGGUAGUUCAUAAGGCUGCAUAUGCAAAUUCUAUGAAUGUGCUUAAGUUUCUGAUAGAUGUCUAUAAACUAAGCCCAAAAUUAGUUGAUGAAUUGGGUAAUACACCUCUUCAUGAUGCGGCUUAUAGUGACUCGUUAGAAGCAUUGAAGUUUCUGCUUCAGUCUGAGAAAAUAGAUGUUAAUGACGGCAACAAUGUAGGCGAUACCGUGCUUCACAAAGCUGCAUUCGGAAAUGCAACAAAAGUAAUUGAAUACUUACACUCACAACCUGCAUAUGCACAUUUAUUUAAUAUUACAAAUAAAAUGAAAGACACUGCCUUGCAUACAGCUUGUAUAGGUAAUUCUAUAGAUGCUUUAACCUUCUUAGUCAACCGUUAUCCGUGCCUCAUUAAUAGUGUAGAUGAAGAUGGUAAUACUCCUCUUCACGAAGCAGCUUUCUACGAUUCAUUAGAAAGUUUUAAACAAUUAUUACAAUGCACAAAAUUGGAUAUUAAUAUACGUAACAAAGAAAGUCGCACUGUUUUACACUUAGCUGCUGGUCAAAACUCUAUGAAAGUGCUUAAGUUUCUUAUAGAUGACCGUUAUCCGUGCCUCAUUAAUAGUGUAGAUGAAUAUGGUAAUACUCCUCUUCACGAAGCAGCUUUCUACGAUUCAUUAGAAAGUGUUAAACAAUUAUUACAAUGCACAAAAUUGGAUAUUAAUAUACGUAACACAGAAAGUCACACUGUUUUACACUUAGCUGCUGGUGAAAACUCUAUGAAAGUGCUUAAGUUUCUUAUAGAUGACUAUAAACUAAGCCCAAAGUUAGUUAAUGAAUAUGGUAAUACGCCUCUCAACACUGCGGCUUACAAUGACUCACUAGAAGCAUUCAAAUAUUUGCUUCAAUCCGAGAAAAUUAAUGUUAAUGAUUGCAACAAUAUGGGUGAUACCGUUCUUCACUGCGCUGCAUACCGAAAUUCAACAGAAAUAAUUGAAUACCUACACUCAGAUCCUGCUUACGCACGUUUAUUUAAUAUUAAAAACAAAAUUAAACAAACUGCCUUGCAUGCAGCUUGUAAAGGAAAUUCUGUAGAUGCGUUAUCGUUCAUAGUCGACAAUUAUCCACACCUAAUUAAUAGUGUAGAUGAAGAUGGCUAUACUCCUUUUCACGAAGCAGCUUUCUACGAUUCAUUAGAGAGCUUUAAAUAUUUAUUACAAUGUACAAAAUUGGAUGUUAAAAUAUGUAACCAAAGAGGUGAAACUGUUUUACACAGAGCUGCUUUGGGGAACUCUAUGAAUGUGCUUAAGUUUCUUAUAGAUGACUAUAAACUAAGCCUAAAGGUAGUUGAUAUAACUGGUAAUACUCCUCUUCAUUAUUCGGCUGUGCAUGACGACACAUUAGAAGCAUUCAAAUAUCUUCUUCAAUCCGAGGAAAUUAAUGUUAAUGAUUGCAACAAUAGAGGUAAUACCGUGCUUCACUUGGCUGCAUUCGGAAAUGCCACAAAAAUAAUUGAAUAUCUACACUCAGAUCCUGAUUAUAAAGAUUUAUUUAAUACUACAAAUAAAAUGAAACAAUCUGCUUUGCAUACAGCUUGUCAAAAAAAUUCUGUUCAAGCUUUAGCCUUCUUUGUCAAUAAUUAUCCGGACCAAAUUAAUAGUUUAGAUGAAGAUGGCAAUACUCCUCUUCACGAAGCAGCUUUUUACGAUUCAUUUGAAAGUUUUACAUAUUUAUUAGAAUGCACAACAUUGGAUAUUAAGACAUGUAACCAAAAGGGUGAAACUGUUUUACACAGUGCUGCGUGUGAAAACUCUAUGAAAGUUCUUAAAUACCUAAUCGAUGAGUGUAAUAUGAGUCCAACUGUGAUUGACAUACAUGGCGAUACACCACUCCAUGUCGCAGCUUUUAACAACUCCGUUGAAGCUUUCACCUAUUUGUUAAAGACUGAAAAAUUAAAUAUUAACGAUUGCAAUGAUAAAGGUGAUAGCGUUCUACAUAAAGCUGUACAUGGGAAAGCCAUAAAAGUAAUUGAAGUUAUAUUUACAAGUUUCAUGCAAUGAUCUUGAUCUACCAGGGGAAAUAAUAGGCCACAAAUAAAUGUACAUUUCGUGACAACGACAUAGUUUCUGUUGUAAUCAUGUAGAAAAGGCUAGAAAUGCAUUGGUGCCAGAAAUUCUUGACUAACCAUUACCCAUUAGAAAAACCUGAAAAAGCUGGAUAGCUUGCAAUCUAAAACGCACGAAAUCAUACUUCGACUAAUGAGUACUAGGUCUUAAGGCCGUUUUAUCAGUUGAAGCACACUGCAAUUUGAAAUAGUCGUAUCACUUACUUUUCUACACUGCUUCCGUCAGACCCACGUGACUCCCUACUUGAAAUUGAUUUGAAGUAGGGAGUGCGAUUUACAAUUCGAUCUUUACUAAGUGGCGCCGCGCUGGCGGACAAGUAGUUUAAUGACAACAAAAUGCAUUAUUCUCCAUUCAAAUUAGUUUUGUCGGGAAUACCGUUUUAGAUUGAUUAUCGUAGAUAAUGUUUUAAAAAGAAUUAUCACAUUUUUAAUUUAUAAUAUCUUAGCUAAAUAUAGUAUUGAAUAAAAAUUUCUGAAACGUGACUCUAAAAAACAUCAUGGUGUUUAUUUAUGAUAAAUUAAAAAUAACAUAAAAAUAUUAUUAUAAAAAAAUUACAAUUUGUUGUCAUAAACAAAUAAUCAAUUUCGCAGUUAUAGCUUGAAAAUGAUCUCAAGAAGUUAUUUAUUUGUUAGAGAAAACUGAUAUUAGCCUAGUAAAAAUUAAAAUAUUUUUAUUUAUUUAUAAAAAAUUGGUACCUGCCAAACCAUCAUAAUAGUAAAUGCAUUUUUCUAUGGAUGCUAAACAAUUUGCAACUUCUCUCACUACUUACAUACAUUCAAAACGAACAAUUUCUCAGGCAGUGAGAAAAGUCGGCAAUUGCAGUGAGAAAUAUUUUUUCUCACCUCCGGUUUACAUACAUAUGAUCGCCAUUUCCAUGGUAACAUGCACAAUACAAUCGCAAUUAUUUUUGUCAAACAAAAUGUGUUGACACUUGUCAAGACUUAUCAAAAAUUACCUUUUAUAAGAAUGUUCAACUGUGAAUUAUAAUGUUAAAUAAAUAAA